CGCCAUUUUUUCCCCUCCUUGCUGCAGUUGCCUCAGCAACCGCCCCGUGACGUCACCCGUCCCAGCGCGACCCUGCUGCUGUGGCUUUGAUUGGAGGGAAACCCCGUGCACGCGGCGAGCGACAGACGAGCGGGAGAGCGAGCGAGCCAUCAUCAGCUGUGCGGCCCGGCCGGGAACCACAAAUCGGGGAAAACCAGACACGAGCGCCGUCUUUAAAGACCACCGCAGGUGUGUAUGACGCCAAACCUGCUUCGCCGACAUUCCACAGAAGGGCGCAGGUGGAUGUGACUCACGAGCUACUAGUGCCAUUUUCACUCUAAAUGUUCCUUUUCUAAGACGCUCUUCUCGAGUCUCACGCCCACGCAGGAGCCAUGCCAGACAAGGAGAACCUCGCAUGCCGGGCCAAACUGGCCGAGCAGGCCGAACGCUACAACGACAUGGCGGAGGCCAUGAAGGCCAUGACGGAGGAGGGCACCGAGGAGCUGACCAACGAGGAGCGCAACCUGCUCUCCGUCGCCUACAAGAACGUGGUGGGCGCCCGGAGGUCCUCGUGGAGGGUCGUGUCCAGCAUCGAGCAGAAGUGCGAGGACGGCGCCAAGGCCGCCCAGGCCAAGGAGUACAGGGAGAAGAUCGAGAAGGAGCUCAAUGACAUCUGCAACGAAGUUCUGGGUCUGCUGGACAAAAAUCUGAUUCCCAACGCCAAGGCUGCUGACAGCAAGGUUUUCUACCUGAAGAUGAAGGGUGACUACUACCGUUACCUGGCUGAAGUGGCCAGCGGAGAAACGAAAGAUGGCUUCAUCAAAAACUCGGAAGAAUCGUACCAGGAGGCCUUAGAAAUUAGCUACAAUGAGAUGAAGCCCACUCAUCCCAUCCGCCUCGGCCUGGCGCUCAACUUCUCAGUCUUCUACUACGAGAUCGUCAACUCGCCCACCAAGGCCUGCGAGCUCGCCAAAAAAGCCUUUGAUGACGCCAUCGCCAUGCUGGAGAAUCUGAGAGACGACUCGUACAAAGACAGCACCUUGAUCAUGCAGCUGCUCCGCGACAAUCUGACUCUGUGGAUGUCCGACGCCCAGGGUGAGGCAGAGGGAGAGGAUACGGAGGCCCCAGCGGAGGAGCCGGCAGAGCCCGUCAAGAACUGAACUCCUCCAUAAGAUGGGGAAAAAAAAUAAUAAGGAAAAAUACUUUUUUUAUUACCUCUCACCAGCCUAAGUUGUGUGUGUGUGUGUGUGUGUGUGUGUGUGUGUGUGUGUGUGUGUGUGUGCGUGUGCGCAUACAUGUAUGUUUACGCUCCACUCAGUGUGUAAAAGUACAAUAUGUGUUUGCUCAUCGUAAGAACACCUCCACUGAAAAAAAAAAAAAAGUUUUUUGUUAUUUGGAUUGAACAUUACUCAAUGUGUCAACCAAUGGAUGUUAUAUUUUUUCCUAAUAUCGUUCAGUCCCUAUGUAAACCCUCCUAAUUUUUUUUUUUUUUAGUUCCAAAUUUGACCGUCGUUUGGGGUAGCAAGCUUGCCACCUUUACAGGGGGAAAAAAAAACAAAAAAACCUCAAACUAUAUUUUGAUACUUUGCAUGUUUUUUUUACUUGAACCGUUUGCGACUUUCGGGUCCACAAAAACACCUCGAAAACCCGUCAGCCCCCCCCCCCCAAAAAACAAAAACAAAAACAAAACAGUCACCGCCAUCGAAUUGUUGUCUUUAUGCUAAUUUUCCACAAUUUCAUCGGUGAAAGUCGUUUGACCGUGGUGAACGUUUGCCGUUUUGUCGCCCGGCUAUUACUUCAUACGGAUGGUACAUGCGUCAGGAUGGCUCGGUGGGUUCUAGGUGCGCUCGAGCAGCAUACUUUUAAGGUUCUUUGUGUGACUGGACUAUUUUUUUGUUUUGUUUUGUUUUCCUGCCAAGGUUAUGUUUCGUCAUGCUGACAUUUUGUUCAAUCUACAUCCUGCAUACUUUGCAUUUAUAACAAAGUGAACAACUUAAAAAAAAAAAAAAACGCCUGAUACUGUAAGUUUUUUUUUGCUACUUUUUCUAUUCAGGUGUUUAUUUUGUAUUACCUUUUUUGUGUGUGUGUUUUAUCCCCCCUUCCUCCCUUGACCCCAGGAAUGUAUGCGUUUCUCGUAGUACGGCGUGAGAGGUAGAUUGUGCUUUGAAACUGGCACUUAUUUUAUUAGUACUAUUUUGUUUUUUUGCUUAGGAUUUAGCUCGAACCAGGUGAAGCAUUUGCACCGUCCUCUUUCGGAAAGUUAAAAAGUUGAUGCUAAUUUGUUGAGUAACGCGGUAGGAAGCGGCGUUGUUUGUUUGUUUGUUUGUUUUUUUUGGACCAUUUAGACGACACGUUAGUGCUGGUUUCUUAUAAUCAUGGUGGUUUAAAAAGGAAAUAAAGACGGGGUGCAAGAUUUGAAAAAAAUUUGCUGGUGGCACUCUUCAGUACGUUAUUUGAUUCUGUGCUUUCAUGUGAGACCAAUUAAAAACAUCAAAUUCUG